AUGGUUUCUCCCAACCUCCAGAAAUGGCUUCAGGCUUCCCUAUUUUCGGCCCUGCUGCUAGGGGAGAAUGUAGUGGGGGAUGUGAUAACUGACGAUACGUUCUUUUAUGGACAGUCUCCUCCUGUGUAUCCUUCUCGUAAGUUUCUUUCUAGAUAUCCUACAGUAGCUGCAAUGCUCUUACUUUUCCACAACUCACUUCAUGUCUCGAACCAUCCAUCUAACUCUUCCUCCCAGCUUCCAUGCCUGGCUCCUCCUCCUGGUCCGAUGCCUACUCCAGAGCAACUGCCCUCGUAGCCCAGAUGACACCAGAAGAACGUGCCAACAUAACUGUAGGACACACACCUACAACUGGCUGCGGAGGAGAAACCGGAUCCGUUCCUCGUCUCAACUUCCCUGGUCUGUGUCUCUCAGAUGCCGGAAACGGACUGAGAAACACGGAUUUUGUGAACGGUUGGUCGGGAGGUCUGCACGUUGGGGCAACCUGGAACCGAAAUCUGAGUUAUGAACGGGCGUUACAUAUGGGUGGAGAGUUCCGAAGGAAGGGAGUUAAUGUGAUGUUGGGACCUGUUGUGGGACCUGUUGGACGAGUGGCUGAAGGAGGAAGAAAUUGGGAGGGAUUCAGUAGUGAUCGUGAGUUUAUAACUUUUGGCAGACAUUAAUAUGUGAGAGAGACUAACGAGAACAGCUUAUCUCUGUGGUCAACUCGCUUACGAAACCGUCCUUGGAGUCCAGGAUGCUAGCGUAACAGCUGUUGUGAAGCACUUCAUCGGAAACGAGCAAGAACUCCACAGAACAGCAAACGAAGUGAACACCAGUCUCUCAUCCAACAUCGACGACAAGACGAUGCACGAGCUGUAUCUAUGGCCCUUCCAAGAUACCGUGAAAGCUGGAGCGGCUGGAAUGAUGUGCAGUUACAACCGACUGAACAACUCAUAUGGAUGUCAGAAUAGUCAUGUUAUUAACGGGCUUUUGAAAACUGAACUUGGAUUCGAAGGUUUCUUGGUUUCGGAUUGGGGUGCGCAACGUAAGUGGACCUCCUUACAAAAGGUGGAAGAUGACCCUUUUGCUGACUUAUGACAGACUCUGGAGUUGCAUCUGCUCAGGCUGGAAUGGAUCUCGUUAUGCCAAAUUCAGAUGAAUUCUGGGGCCCUAAUGGUGAAAACCUAGUGACUGCUGUCAACAAUGGAAGCAUGGAAGAUACGAGAUUGUCCGAUAUGGCCAUCCGUAUUGUUGCGUCGUGGUACCAAUUGGGUCAAGAUAAUGUGAGUAACAUUUGAACCGCUGAAGAACCAGGAACUAACAAUAUACCAGGCAAGCUAUCCUGAAAAGGGAAUCGGACUACCAAAAGAUCUUCUCCAGCCUCACGUUAUUGUCGAUGCUCGUGAUCCAGCUUCCAAGUCUGUCAUUCUGAAUAGUGCUUUGGAAGGACACGUUCUUGUGAAGAAUGUCAACAAUGCCCUGCCACUAAACAAGCCCAAGUUGUUGUCAGUCUUUGGAUAUGAUGCGGCUACUCCACCAACCAUUAACCCAUCUGGAGGAUCUCAAGCCGAUAAGUUUGCCUUCGGAUAUGACUCGAUCGUAAGAAGUCCUGAACCCUUCCUGUCGUUGAUUUCUAACAAAAGACAGCACAAUUAUCCUGGAUUUUUAUUGCCGGGCUUUGAGACCCCACCGGCCAUUUCUAUCAAUGGUACACUUACCACCGGAGGUGGAAGUGGUGCAAACGCCAACUCAUACGUCUCAGCACCAUUAGAUUCGAUAAUUCAUCAAGCAUACGAAGAUGGUACACAAGUGAUGUACGAUACUAUGUCUGGAAACCCUUUUGUUGCUGCAGAGUCAGACGCUUGUCUCGUAUUCAUCAACGCUUUCGCUACCGAGGGUGGUGACAGACCAAAGCUUUAUGGUAAACAGCCCAGAACCCUGUAAAGUAAAUAAAGACUAACGCUUUCCAGAUGACUACUCGGACGCCCUUGUGAUCAACGUUGCUGAAAAGUGCAAUAACACUAUGGUUAUUAUUCACAACGCAGGCAUUCGCCUUGUUGAUGUUUGGGCUGACCAUCCCAACGUUACCGCUAUCAUGUACGCUCAUCUUCCAGGACAAGACUCCGGAAGAGCCGUAACUCAACUUCUUUACGGCAUGGUGUCUCCAUCUGGAAAGCUUCCAUAUACCGUCGCAACGAACGAGACAGACUAUAAUGUUCAAAGUCCCGAGGCAGAAUACGGCGAUUAUGUCCACUUCCCACAGAGCAACUUCAGUGAAGGUGUAUACAUUGAUUACAAGGACUUCGACCAGAAGAACAUCGCACCAAGAUAUGAAUUUGGGUUUGGCUUGAGUUACACAGCCUUUGAGUUCUCUGAUCUGAAAAUUGAGUCUGUCGGUGAGAACCACCCAUAUCUUCCUCCCAAUGUUGAGGUGCUCGAGGGUGGGAUGAAGAGCAUUUGGGACAUCGUUGCCAAAGUCUCGGCUGUUGUCCACAACACCGGCCGUGUCGACGCAAUGGAAGUGGCUCAGUUGUACGUUGGAGUCCCCGGAGGCCCAUCCAAGCAACUGAGGGGGUUCAACAAAGUUGCCAUUCCCGCGGGACACAGCGUGGCUGUGGACUUUGAACUGACACGACGAGAUCUGUCAGAGUGGGGGGUGAAUGAGCAGAGUUGGGUUCUGCAAGAGGGGAGUUAUAAGGUUUUCGUGGGAUCGAGCAGCAGGAAUUUGCCGCUGACUGGGAGUUUGGAUCUUUGA